GGUUGCCCACACUCGCCGAGUUACAUUGUCCGCAGUGCGCCUGCUCUCGACUCAAGGAGCGAAGGGGGCUUUUUCCCUAUCGACCAGAGUUUUGUUUGGUUGGGUCUGUUUGUGCGCAUGCUUCGUACUGUAGCCGGUUAUGGCGGCGGUGUAUGUGUCUCCAUGAGGCGAAUAGAAAGGGCCAUUCAUCGUGACUGAGAGCGCGACUAGAUAGCGGGGAGAUGGCUGGCGUGUUCGACAUUGACCUGGACCAGCCUGAGGACACUGUCUCUGAUGAAGAGCUCGACGAGGGGAUUCAGUAUGGUGACUACAUGGAUCAUGGCAGCAGCUAUGAAUUCGAUAUGGAACACUGUGAAAAAUUUGAAAUCUCUGAGAACAGUGUUAACAAAGGAACGGAGAAAAUUCGUCCAGAAUGUUUUGAGUUGCUUCGUGUCUUAGGAAAAGGUGGUUACGGAAAGGUUUUCCAAGUCAGAAAAGUGACUGGGGCCAAUUCUGGGAAGAUAUUUGCAAUGAAGGUUUUAAAAAAGGCAAUGAUUGUGCGAAAUGCAAAGGACACUGCUCAUACUAAAGCUGAGCGCAACAUUCUUGAGGAAGUGAAGCAUCCCUUUAUCGUGGACCUCAUAUAUGCUUUUCAAACUGGAGGCAAACUUUACCUCAUCCUGGAGUAUCUGAGUGGUGGAGAACUUUUUAUGCAGUUAGAGAGAGAAGGAAUCUUUAUGGAAGACACAGCUUGCUUCUAUUUAGCAGAAAUAUCUAUGGCUCUAGGGCAUUUACAUCAAAAGGGGAUAAUCUACCGAGACUUAAAACCAGAAAAUAUCAUGCUUAACAGCCAAGGGCAUGUAAAACUCACAGACUUUGGUCUCUGUAAGGAAUCAAUACAUGACGGAACUGUGACCCAUACUUUUUGUGGUACAAUUGAAUACAUGGCACCAGAAAUCUUAAUGCGGAGUGGACACAACAGAGCUGUUGAUUGGUGGAGCUUAGGAGCCUUAAUGUAUGACAUGCUGACUGGAGCACCACCAUUCACUGGUGAAAACAGAAAGAAGACAAUUGACAAGAUUCUAAAAUGUAAACUUAAUCUUCCACCCUACCUCACUCAAGAAGCCAGGGACCUGCUCAAAAAGCUGCUAAAAAGAAAUGCAUCAUCUCGACUUGGAGCUGGACCAGGGGAUGCAACUGAAGUUCAGACUCACCCCUUUUUCAGACACAUCAACUGGGAAGAACUGCUCGCCCGAAAGGUGGAACCUCCAUUCAAACCAACUUUGCAAUCAGCCGAUGAUGUGAGCCAGUUUGACUCGAAGUUUACAAGUCAGACUCCUGUGGAUAGUCCAGACGACUCAACGCUGAGCGAAAGUGCCAAUCAAGUCUUCCUGGGGUUUACUUAUGUAGCUCCUUCGGUGCUGGAAAAUGUAAAAGAAAAAUUUUCUUUUGAGCCAAAAAUUCGAUCACCACGAAGAAAUAUAGGAAGCCCACGGACACUUGUCAGUCCUGUGGGGGAUUGCUGGGUGAGAAGCCCAGUAGCUGGAGGGGGUCCUGUUGUGCAGUCACCCAUACAAUACCCAAUGGAAGUUGCUGGGGUUGAACAGAUGGAUGUGACUUCAAGUACUGAAGCUUCUGCUCCUUUGCCUAUCAGACACCCCACAGGCACAAGCUCUGUGGCUUUCAAAAAGCAGGCGUAUCCUAUUCUAUCCAAACGGCCAGAGCAUCUCCGUAUGAAUCUUUGACAUUCAGCACACCAAAAGCAAACUGAAAAUGUUUAAGGAAAACUAUGAACAUCUUGGCACAGCAUGUGAGCAGAGAAGAGCCAAUAUAUAGAGCCUCUCUUGGAGACGCAAAUAAAACUGACUGCAGACUGAAGGCAUUUGUUUUUGGACCUGUUUCUUCAGGGAUGUAUGUUGCCUCUGAUGGACUAUCACAAGCUACGCCGCAGGUUUCCAACAUUGCUGAUCAUCUCCCAGCAGAAGAGAAAACUUGGCUAAGCAGCAAACAGCAUCAGUAAUAACGCUGGCCUGUCCAUCCGGAGAUGGGCUUGACAUGACGUGCUGUUCAUGUCAAUAGAUGAUUGUUGUUUAUUAAUUAUAAUUCUAUCCAGGAAUUGCUUUCACUCAAUGCUUGAAAUUUUACAGUAUUACUCUGGGUGCAUCCUUGCUUCCCAAUGAGAAUUCAAUAAAAAGAAAGCAUAACUGUCAGAAAGUUUUUGAGAUGGGGAUGGGCGAGGGGGCGGCUGAACCAGCCACCCUCAUAACCACCAGAACUUUGAAACUGAAAGUAUCCGGAGCUUCAGCAAAAAGGGAUUUCACUUGGAAUGCUAUGAGGCAGUGUAACUGUAUUAUAGUCAUGAUAAAAACAAGAGUUUACUUUUUAUAU